UUAUUUGUCAGUUGCCAAGCCAACAGUAUCUUUUCACUUUCACAUGAACUAUGAAUUUUAUAAAAAAAAGUAAACACAGUUACGUCUGUUAUUUUAUUUUUACAAAAUUAAAAUAGAAAUAAUUCAUGAUUAGGUAUUAUGGAAGGCAUAAAAGAAGAAGCCAUACAUCACACAGCGUUAAAACUAGCCGAAGAAAUAAAAAAUCUUUCAAUAUACAAAUCAUUCUAUAGUGAUGUACAGAAAUUAGUAUCGUCUCCAAAUGUAAAGAAAGAAGAUUUCAAACAAACAUUACAGCAAGCCAUGAAAGAAAAGGGCCUAGACACUAAACUAAGGAAUACAGUAUUUCACUGGGUUAGGACACAAAGUAAACAAAAUAAAUUAGACCCACUAACAUCAUUAGUAAAAGCGAGUGCACAAUGGGAAAAACGAAUCCAUAAAUCAUUGAAUUCAAUGUGCACAGAUCUCGAAACAUCAUUAGCGAAAAUAAGACCUCAAAACGAACAGGAGGAGAUAGCGGAAAAAUGGAAUGAACUGAGUACUUAUAGUUUAGACCUUUCAAAAUACAGACCAGUAUAUGCGCCGAAAGACUUUUUGGAAGUAUUAUUAACUUUAUCCGGCUAUGUUCCUUAUACGAGAGAAGACGAACCAAAAUGGGAGUUUGCACAUUUACCCCUCCAAGUUAAGACACUCGACCAGUUACGAAAAGUUUUCCCGGAAUGGUCAAAUGGGGAACCUCUACUAGGUGUAAAUCCGAAUAUGCCGAGUACGGUGCCAGGGUUCACUACACUCGAAGCCGAGCGCAUCAGUCUCGGCGAGAGAGUGGCAGCCCUGGGCUACGCACCCGUCGUACAGGAGUAUCUGAAGAAAGGAAGUCCACAGUGCCUUCGUGCUAAACUGUGGUCGCAAGUCUUAGGAUCCGAUGUCAAGCCCCAGCAUUCCACGUAUUUUGCUCAACUAAAGAAGAAUGUUUUGGAAGUCGAUUUAAUGAUCGAUAAGCUUAUAUUCAAAGACGUUCAGCUAACCGCUUCUAACGAUGACCAGUAUUUUGUAUUCGAAGAUUUAUUGUACCAGGUAAUGCUAUGUUUUUCGCGGGACAUCGAAAUAAUGCAGCAUCUGAAAGGCAGUAUCGGUAACCCUCCCACCGUCACUAUCAAAGGGAAGCAGACAUCAGCCGAGAGCGUCACCGUGUUCCCGCCUAGUGGGAUCAUACCCUUUCACGGAUUCACUAUGUAUGCGACACCAUUUUGUUACCUGUACGACGACCCGGUACAACUAUACUACACAUUUCGAGCAUUCUACAUAAGAUACUGGCAUCGGUUGCACUAUAUAUCAACUCAUCCACAGGGUAUAGUCUCAUUGUGCCUUUUAUACGAGAGGCUGUUAGAAGCGAACGAACCUUUAUUAUGGAUACACUUUAGGAAUAUCAAUAUCAAUCCAAUCAGAGUCGUGUUCAAAUGGUUGAUGCGAGCGUUCAGUGGACAUCUUCCGCCAGAUCAGCUAUUACUUCUCUGGGAUGCCAUACUCGGCUACGAUUGUUUAGAAAUCCUACCAUUAUUAGCACUGUCAAUACUGAGCUUCAGAAAGGAGAAUAUAUUCCAAGUGAAUACGUUGCAAAACGUCGAUGCCGUACUGGCAGACCUCUCUACUAUAUCUGUUAUACCAUUGUUGCAGUUAGCGUUAAUGAAAGCCUGAGAGUGAUGUUUUGCGCAUAUGCUAAAGCAAUGAAGCUCAGACGAUGACCGCGUUAGGUCGCAGUUACAACCUUUCGAUUUGAACUGCAUUUUGUAAUUAACGCAUUGUGCACCGAUUGCGAAUUGAUUCAAUAAGCGCGUUAAUUCAGGAGUUGUCAAAAUCUGACAUGUGUUGUUACGAAUUAAAGCGUAACGUGACCUUGUAGCGAUUGGACUUAAAGUCAAAAGGGUGAAAAUGUUUGUAUCAUUUAAUAGAUGAGAAUGCUAAAACAUAAAAAUUAUUAUAAUUUUCGGUUAUCAUUAUUUUCAUACCUACAUAUCGUAAUCAUUUUUUUUAUGAACACAAUCGCUCUAGUUUCAUAUGCGCAGGACAUUACAUUCUUGUUGUUACAGCCAUUGUUUUAUAGUGUUUUUAUAUUAGUCGUUUUUUCUUAAUUUUGUAGACGGAGACCUUUUUUAAAUUAAAA